AUGGCAGAUACCAAUAUUGCAAAACCGCGUCCGAAGCCAAGGCCCAAGCCGAAAGCGAAGCCUGCAAAUGCUGUCGCGGGACCGUCGAGCAAGCCAGGAGCGUCGUCGUCGUCGUCACGGAUACCACUGUCGAGUGAGGUGGACGACGAGGAUGAUAUGUUCUUGAAGAAUCGGAAUCGGUCAGUGAAGACCUGGCAGAAGCUGGAGGAGCUCAAUAAGGAAACUAAACUUGUUGUCAACUCGGACAGCGAUGAUGAAGCUACACCGAGGAAGCGCACCAAGAAGGCCGAUCAACUGAAUAAACCGAAGUGGCAGAAGGCCAAUGCAAUUCGGUUACUAUCCGCCGAUCUGUCAGACGAUUCAGACGACGGCAUUGAAAUCGUCGGUACCUCCUCAACAUCAAACCGCGCCCGCCUUGGGAAACGCCGGAGACAACGCAGUCGCUCACGGUCCAUAACACCGCCCCCAGCGCUUCCACAGCACCAAAUCCAGCAUGCUCGGAGCAUAGUCCGAGAGGCCCUCGGCGCAGCACCACGACACGCGUCCCCAACUGCAUUCGAUUGCGACGACUCAACAGACACGAUCGUGCUCGACCCAGAACUCGAACGCAUCGCCAAAUCCAUCACUUCUCAAUCCCAUCUCGCUCCUUCACCAUCCUUAUUUGAACCCAACGAGGAAAUUAUCUUGACCGUGAAUUGGCAGCCACAUCCGCUCAACGAAACUGGCAAGAAAGAAGUGUGGCAAUACAAGAUGAACAGGAAUGACGAUUUCCGCGAGCUGUUUGAAGCUGCAGCGGAAGACGCAUGUAUCCUCGUCGACUCCCUCAUCAUGACCUACCGGGACAAACGAAUAUUUUCUUCGGUGACUCCACAAACACUGAAGAUGCGGGGAGCCGCCGAGAUGGCUGCCUGCGACAAGACGACAUACGACUACAUACGGCGUAACCCGCACACCUCAACAACAACCUCUUCCCUACUCGACACCACCACCACCACCACCACCUCUAACUCCCGAGUCGUCGAAAUAUCAGAUGACGAUUCAGACGACGCAUCUUCCCCACCCACCACAGCAUCACAGCCCCCACAAACCCAAGAAUCCGACGCAGAGUCAGAAGCAGACGGCGAUAAAUUUAAGCUGAUCUUACGUUCCGUUACGACGGGGGAGAAAAAUAUCACGCUUAUCGUUCGGCCUACCACCAAGUGCGGGGCGAUCGUCAAGGCGUUCUUGAAGAAAGCUGGUGUGGCGGACCAGUAUCCUGCCGUCUUUGGAGAUGCUGCGAAGACGAAGAGCAGCGCACCCCCCAAGAAGGGCGGCAAGAAGAAGGGAAAUGGAUGGGGCGCGCCGACUGAGAAAGAUCCUAGGCUUUGCGUGGAUGGUGAGAAGUUGGAUAACGAGGCUGAGAUUGGAGAUUGGGAUUUGGAGGAAGGAGAUUUGGUGGAGGUUGUUGGGAUGUGA